AUGUCGUUCGCAGCUCCUGUCUCCAAAGAGGGUUUCUGGUACAAUGGAGAUCUUUAUGUCGAAGUUGGAGGCCUCAAUCGACACAAGCGUGCUCCAGUUGCUGAGAUCACAGCCAUCUUGCGACCAGAUUUGAAGAUAUCCAAAGCUGCGACAGUGCAGCCGAGCAAAGAUCCUGUGGGCCACUGGUACGAGGCACAAUUGAUGCAUUACGGGCUACCACCUUCGAAGGACAAAGCCAGAGCUAAGAUGCGUCUCUUAGAAGCCGUCAAUAGCUCAAAUCUGGUGGUACCUUUUGGAAUCAGCAGACUUGAAGAGUCUCUGCGGAAAGAGUUUAAUGCGGCGGAAAAGAAGGCUAAGGCCCAAUACAAAUUACAAUCGGGAGGGGAACGAAAGGAUGCGGCAAAUCCAAGGAAACGAAAACAGCCAGAUUCUGCGCCCAACGUGAACGUUACUGUCAACUUCAAUGGCAUGGACACAAUGCAUUUUGGUGAAAUGCCUUCUCCAUCUGUGACUCAUGCACCAAACCCCACUGAGCAACAGCUCCAUUCUCCGAGCAAGAAAGCAAAAGCAACUCCCAAGAAAGACUGCAAGAUCAGGGAAGCCAUAAUCAAGACAAAGGCCCCUCAAACAGCCUCGAACAAAAACGCGUUAGCAGCGAAAGACCCGAUCACCAAAAAGCCUUCGUCCACGACGGAAGCGGUGACUGCCAAGCAGGGAAAAACUGGGGCUCAAAAAGAGCCAACAGUAAAAAAACAACCAGCGGCAAAGAAGGAGCCACCUACGAAGAAGGAACCAACAGUGCAAAAAGAGUCGAUGGCGAAGAAGGAACCAACGGUGAAGAAAGAGUCAAUGGCGAAAAAGGAACCAACGGUGAAGAAAGAGUCAAUGGCGAAAAAGGAACCAACGGUGAAGAAAGAGUCAAUGGCAAAAAAGGCCCUGACAGUCAAAGAGAAACCAGCGAUGAAGAAGGAGACAACGACUGAGAAACAGCGGGCUGUGAAGACAGAGAAUCUUCACAGCUACCCCUCGGCAUCUAACGUCGGCAGCUUGGGUCUUAUCAAUGGUCUUUACAACAUAGAAUGUCCCACCAUGCGGGAACAGUUCAGUGACAACUUCGAUCCGGACAGUCUCUCCUUGAUUCUGACACUUGACGGCCCCAGAAUCUGGGGGGCUUAUGACUUCGGUCAAUAUUCCGGAGUCCUCUUCCUCGAGAAUAGACCAUACAGCGCCUCCAACGAAGCCCUGCCAGUCAAGUGGCGUGGUAGAGAGAACGGCGAAGGUGAGAUGAGCUUUGGCGACCACUGCUACGGUGACAUUGCAUUCCAUGGAAAUGGUCGGAUCACCGGUAUGCUGAAUUUCUAUGGCGACUGUGAAUUCUCUGGCACGAGGCAGCCGGGGCCAGGGACAGCAUUACGACCUGCUGCAAGUAUGAAAGAAGAAUGGGGGGGCUACAAUGACAGCUCUUACAGCUACGAGGCAAGCAAUAGAUGGUAA